CAAAGAUGACCUAAACUUAGGUGGUACAUGCACUUCCAAGAAGAUUUGUUUCGCAGUCAGGCUACUUGAUCAGUUCAUCUCAGUCCUAUUGGUGAGAAAAUUUUAUGUUGGAGUGUAGAGUCUGCUAUGGUCAACACUUACAAAGUAGUACUAUGUGGCAAGACCGGAGUAGGAAAGACUUCCAUUUUUCAGCGAAUGUGUGGAUCAAAAGGCACACUGAAAAGUGGAAAAGCUGUUCAAAAGACAAUGAUGAAUCACGAGCGUCAAGUGAUAGUUAAAAUAGAUGACAGUGAUGACACAGUUCAGUUUAAUCUAUGGGACACUGUUGGACUCGAAGAAUAUGCCCAGUUAACAAGGUCUCAGUUCUUGUUGAGCCAAGCUGUUCUGUUUGUGUACAGUGCAGAUGAUAGGGAUUCUCUCAAACAAGUAGCUGACCUGCUACAAUUGGCCAAAAUUAAUGCACAGGGAGCUUGCUUUAUUUUGAUUACAAACAAAAUUGACAUGACAGAAACUGUCAGUGCAGAUGACAUCAGUGAGUGUUUUCCAAACAAUCCUUUCACACUUACAUUUAGAACUUCUGCUUUAACUGGUGAUGGUAUCCAGGAAAUGGUACAAUCAGUGGCUCGGCAUUUGUUCCGGAAAGCCACACCCAUGAAAUCAAUAGGUCGCCAUACUCCACGUGGUGGAGGUGCAAGCUUUAACAACUCCAGCACUCAUUGCAAUAAUGGGUCAUUGGAAGUUAUACAGUUGAAUAUAGAAGAGAAACAGGUACCUCGUAGGAAAAAGAAAUGCUGCCAUCAUUAAAACAAUAGCAAACUUUGUAGACAAAAUUAUUGGUGAAAAUGUUGUUCAUUGAAGAAUUCUGUGGUUGCUUCAGUACAGAUCUCUCAGCUAAAUCUCAAUGGUCUGAGCUAUUUCUUUAGAAAGAGAGAAUUUUUUUUGUUACUUUACACUACUCUUGUGCAAUUACAUGACUGUACAUUUUUUAAUUAAAAAUCCAAGUAUGUCUCCUACAAUAUGGAUGAACAAAUGAAUAUGGAAGUGAUCCUUGCAGUUAUGAACACUACUUAAGAAGUAGUGAAAAUAAGGCCUGAAAAAAAUUGAGGACUAUAGAGGAUUUGAACUCAUUACCUCCACAAUACCACAGUGCAACACUCUAAGAUGGCUACCUUACUCGUUUCUCCAACUGCAAUUCACAUAUGAUUUUCAUAUAUUUACAGUCAUGAAUGAACAAUUGGAUUUUUCUGGCAGAUUUUGUCAGUUCUCAGAUGUAUAACCCUUUUUGCCUUAACAUUAGUUUGUCUUAACAUCAGUAUACAAUUUCUCCAUAUACUGUUCUCUAUACAUUUCCUAGUAGUAGUACUGAGUAGGACAAUUAUGGCAUUGCUAUAUGAUUCAGUGGUGAUACAGUGAUGAGAAAUUGGAUGCUGGUCACUCUAAGGGAUUUGAGGCUUAAUUUGGUACUCAACCUGGGAUUCAUGUUGUUGAAUAGAAAAACAGCCUUGAGCAUCAUAUCAGAGAUUAGAAUCUAUAAGUAUUUUCACUAGAGGGUUUUGUACAUAUAACUGGUGGUGAAGGUGUAUUAAAGAAAUAAACAGUGCAAAAAACAUAAAAAUUCAAAAGCAAAAACAAAAGAAAUAUUCAGUUUUAUGAAUAUUUGUUUGAAGGACAUGCAUUGUCAACCUUUAAAUUUGUUUUUAUUGUAAUUCACUACAAGUCAUGCCAGGAUUUACUUUCAUUGUUGUCUGUUUAUGUGAAAUUUUACUAUAAAA